CAGAAAAUGAUGUUAGUGUUAUAUCUAUUUGCUGAGGGGGCUGUGCAACUAAUUAAAUUGCUCCUUUACUGAUCUAAUUCUACAACAUUGUUAUCCAUGAAAAAAUUUUGACAGCUCGCUGAAGAGAAAGAUAUAGAGCCUACAACAAACGAUCUUUUUACUGACCUAGACGACGAGAUGUUGAUUGACGCUAAUCACGAUGCCGAAGACCAAACCGGCUUUGCUGAUAAUGAAAAAUUAACUGAAGACGAGAAAGAAGAGACUCAGUCAAAAUCGCUUCUAGACGCUCCAGAUGUCGCAAAACGGUUCAGAGACUUUUAUAUCAGUCAACUUACACAAGCUUUUCCAAAUGAUUUGGAUAAAAUUCGUCAGGAAGAGAACUUUGAUCAUCGCAAAUUGGAAAUAUUGAUCGACUCUUUGGAAGCCGGUGUGGAUAUUUUUAGCGAUAUGGAGAAAAACUUCGCUGUCAUGUCGAGUUAAUUCAUCAAAACCCAUGUACAUAUUAUCUCAUACAAUUUGCAUAAAAUAUUAAGUAGACAUUCGAAAGAGAUUUACCAAAAAAUGAGAAAUUGGAGACAUCGUAUAGUAAUUAGUCAAUUGCA